AUGGACCACUGUCGGGCAGACUUCGGAUUCAUGGACAACGGAAGGAACGAGUGUUUAACUUGGGAUAGCAAGAAGUUUCUGCAAUCGAUCGAUCCAGACCAGGCCAUUCUCACAAUGUCUCAGAAUAUCGCUUUUUCACGUGUACAACGCGAGUGCAAAGAAAUCAUCACUAAUAAAGAACUGGCUGAAACAGGCGUAAUGAUUGAAAUUCGAAAUGACUCAUUGACAAAAAUACGUGGAGAGAUACGAGGCCCACCAGAUAGUCCAUACGAAGGUGGUACUUAUGCUUUGGAUAUCACAAUUCCAGACGAAUAUCCUUUCCAGCCACCUGUAUGCAAGUUUAUUACAAAAAUUUGGCAUCCUAACAUCAGCUCGCAGACUGGGACAAUUUGCCUUGAUAUAUUAAAAGAGCAAUGGGCCGCUUCUCUAACUUUGCGCACCGUGUUACUGAGUAUUCAGGCACUGUUAACUUUACCGGAACCAAAUGACCCUCAAGAUGCUGUUGUUGCUAGGCAAUACAUGGACAAUGCUCAGCUUUACAAACGAACGGCUCGAUUUUGGGCGCAACAUUAUGCCAAAGCCGAAGGUAAGCGGGAUGAUGAGUUCUGGAACAAAAUCGACAAACUCAAAGAUAUGGGAGUCAAGCAGGAGGACGCUAUCUCGGCACUAAGCUGCAACUGGUGGGAUUUGUCGAGAGCCACUGAUUAUGUUUUUGGAUAA